AUGGAAAAGAAUGCCAACGUUAACGCGACGGGGAUUGAGAAUAUACCGAAUAAUAACCACGACUCAGGGAAGGGGAAUAAUAACAGCAACAGUAACGCGCAUGGCAACGCGGCACAGGGACAUGGUGAUGGCGGUGGCGGUGUGUCGAAUGUGCAUUCGGGUCAGAAGCGGAAGGCUUCUGCGAUGGGGAAUAUUCAGCAGGCGCAUGGAGGGUCAGGGAAGAAGUCGAAAUCUGCUGCGGCGGCGGCGCAGCGGAGACCGAGCACGAAUGUUGAUAGUGAUGGGGAUGGGGAUGAUGAUGGGUAG